UGUUUUGGACGUUGCGUGUGAAAUAAAUAUGAUAAAUAGCGGUUCCCACUCAUCCUCGAAUCCUCCGCUGCAGCCACGCCACUGAAGGACAAUGGAAGCUGAGAGCACCACCGUCGCUCGAGAACCCGUCAGGCAUAUUCAAGUUGGGGAUAACUCUAGCGGAAGCAAAGCAAUUUGCAGCUGCGGUGAAGGUUAUACAUGUGUCAUCACUCGGACAACAGGGCCUGAUGCAGGCAAGACCUAUAAGUGCACUGGAGGUUGCGUCUGCAUCCUAGGUGGGACUGCAGAUGAAGUCCCCAAUCUGCAGGAGAAGCUUAAGAGCCUUGGGGGAGGAAGUGCUUAUUGCGAAUGUGGUGAAGGAUGGACCUGUGUCAUCUCCAAGAUUGAAGAUCCUGACUCGGGUAAGGCUGGCGUCGAAUGUGCUGGAGAUUGCACUUGUGUGACCACUACUGCCUAAUAACCCCUUGUGUGUGCUUGAAGAUCAAGUUGAUGUGGUUAAAUAAAGUUAUGGAAAAACUUCAGUUGUUAAUGUCUGAUGGAAGUGUAUCUUUGUUGAUUGCAAAUAAAUAAUUGUACCUUUGAAUAAAUCUGGUUGUUCAUUAAUUGUAAUAUCAUUAGAAAUGGUGUUGCUUCCUA